UUUUCGGAAAGUUCGCUUGAACGAAAUUCGUGAUUCGCCGUGGUCAUCUUUUUAGUCGUUGUGUGGUUUAGUUCUUGCUGCGGGCUCUAUCUCUUAUUUGUAUUCGGUGCAAUUUUUUUGACACACACAAUUGAGGACCUCAUACAAUCGCUUAAAACGCGCUGCGCUUCAUUCCCCAUUCGGUUUAAUCAGUGGAGUAUGCCUUCUGCUUCAAACAAACUGGAGAAACAAGCCUCCAUAGGCUCUGUGCAUGGUACUAGUGGAUGUAAUAGCGGUGGUGGUGCUGGUGGCGGAGCCACCAAAAAGUCUCAAGAUGUGAUUAACGCCAACGCUAUUACUGAAAAUAAUGCCACUAGCAAUAAUACCAACAAUACUACUAAUGAGGGCUCCGUUACUUCAAACAGUAACAAUGCGAAGGGAGCUCCAACUAUGAAUCCUGUGCUGGAAACGAAUAUUCCAAUGAAGCAAACUAUCACUACAAUUGAUCAUAAAAUACGCAAUUUGGAAAAGCGCAAGACUAAGUUGGAAUCAUAUCGCACCAUCCAAGCUUCUGGCAAGGAACUGAGCGCUGACCAAAAGGCUGCAGUAGCUAAGUAUGAUGCUGUUAUUGCAACCCUGGAAUUUGCUCGGGAGCUAUCCAAGCAAAUGUGGCAGUUUGUGAAGGAGUCUGAAAAAGAGCAAAGGAAACAAGCACGCAAGGAUGUUAUUGCCCGUGCACUUGCGGAGACUGCCAAAAUACGUGAAGUUUUAGUUAUUCAAAAUAUUCUAAAUUGUUUCACCGAUGACUCAAUUCGAGCUGAUUUCGAAAAUGGCGAAAAUGGCGCUAUAAAAUUGGAAACUGCCGACAUGAAUAUCUUGGAGAAAUAUUGCAUUGAUGUGCAAACCACUCGUCCUGAAUCUGCAGAAGAUGUACCAUUUCUUACUGCCGCACAAAAAGCGGCCGAACUUUUUUCAAUGACUAUUGACGGACGCCCGAAGACGUAUGCUGAUAACAUUACGUAUGAUCAACUACGACGCAUUUUCAAUCAAAUACAAGAGUCUGGUUAUUUGGACAAAGUCUAUCUGGUCACUCCCGAACCCGAAGUUGAGAGCAAGGAGGAGGGGGAGGAGUUUGGUGAAGUUGUUGAAGGUGAAGAGACAGUUACUGCGGAAGAAGAAACCUUAGAGGAGGGAAUGGACAAAUUGAACGUUUCAUCUGAGGAUGUGGAUGAAGAGUUAGAUGAGCAGAAUACAGCAACCAGUGUAGGCGGCGAAGAUGCCGGUGGAUUACCACUGCAUGCUAGUGUCGCCAACGACUUGCAACAGCAGCCACAACAACAGCAACUCUUGCCACCGCAAAUGGUACCACAGCAAACAGUCAAGGAGCACCUUGAUGUACAACAGCAGGUUCAAACUGGUUUACCACAACCUCAACAACAAACCAAUGCAGCAGUAAUGCAACCACCAAACCCUGUUCCUGGGACAGUGCCAAGCUUUCAGGCACCAUUACAAGCGGGCGGUGCGGCACCAGUGCAUUUAGCAAUGUUUGCAGCACAACAAAUGCAGGCAGCUCCACCUCAGUUGCAACAGGUACCGCCCGGCAGCAUCAUAGGCGUGCCUCAAGUGCCGCCACAAAUGGUGCCCGUUGCUCAAGCGCCAACACCGCAGCAGCGACAAAUGAUGACCAGCCCAGCUACGCCAGCGGGCGGCGUACAAUUGCCACAAGGCGCGAUUCCAAUCCAUGGCACACCACAACAACCACCAGGACAUUUCACACCCACAACGGUACGCGCUGUAGAGCAGGGUUUGUUCCCGCAUAACCGGCAACAAUUUAUACAGCAACAGAUGCGUCCAGUAGCUGAGAUAAUCGGCAAUGGCAGCUUCUACUUUUUGCAGGAGAGCGAACUGGAUUCGCCCGAAAUAGCUGGAAAUGCGCCUAUUGGUAGUGUCGUAUUUGAACAACAGCAACCGUCGGCACAACAACAAGCGCAUCAGCAGCAGCAACAACAGCAACCCAUUCCACACGAGAAUGUUUCACAGGCUCAACAACAGUUGCAACAACAAAAUUUAUUGAGUCACGGAAGCGAGCUGCAAGCGGCAGAGCUCCACAAGAGCCAGCAACACCACUUACAUCAACAACAGCAGAUCUUACAGCAACAGCAGCAGCACCAACAACAACAACACCAUCAACCACCACAACCGUCUCAACAGCAACAAGCGAUUCCGACGCAAACAUUUACAAAUCAGUCAUUCCCACCCAUGCAACCGCCGGCAAGCGUGGUAGUAUCAACCAGCGCUAACAUUAGCAACACUCCGACAAUAGUGAGUAGCACACCUAGCCCAAUGUUCCAACAACAGCAACAGCAACAACAACAUCAGCAGCAGCAGCAACAACAUCAGCAGCCGCAGCAACAGCAACAACAGCAGAAACUUCCACAAUUGUUCUCACCUAUCGGCGGUCCGGGUUUGCCGCCUCAGGAAGCCAUUGCAGCACAUCAGCAACAGUUGUUGAUCAACGAACAGCCGCAGCACCAGCCACCUAUGAUGAUAAUGGCACGCUUGACGGCGCCGCAAGCGCGUAUGCCUCCACAAAAUAUAAACCAACAGCUCCAGCAACCGCCACAAGUACAGCAACAACAACAGCAAACACAACAGCCACAGCCGUCAUUGGGUAUGCAACCUGGCGAGGUACGGGUAUCGGAUGUGUCUGCAGCUACCGCUGCCGGUUUCCUGGGUUUCGAUAAUAAUGUGGUGACCUUGACUUACGAGCAGCAAAUGCAACAGCAAUUGGCUGUCGUAGCAAAAGCGAGUGCUGCUGCUGCCGCCGCUGCUGCAGCUGCAGCCGCUGAGGAGAAGAAAGUAACUGAAGAUAUUGGCGCGCAUAACAAGUUCAAUGCUGGUGAGUCAGUGGUGGUCAACGAAUGGGACGCCAUGUCGAAAGCAAAUGCCGAUGUGCGUUCAGCCAACAUCAAUAGCAGUGUCGUUACAAACGCCGCCGCAUCUGCUGCGCUUGCAAAUGCAUUGAAGUCACGCACUAGCGUCGUUAAUGUCAACGUUGCCCCUGCUAAUAGCAGUAGCAGCAGCGGAGGUGGCGGUGGGCCGGUCAGCGUAAUGGAGCCGCCUACGAAGUGGAGCGCCGAAAUGAAUGCGCUUAGCAACCCAUCAACGCCAAGUGCAAACAGCGACAAUACCCCACCCAUUGCGCGCAAAAUUGAGUGGACAUCGAGCAACAAUAGUGGCGGCGGUGGCAGUGGAGGCGGCACCAACGUGGGUGGUGGUGGCGGUUAUGGUGAUAGCGGCGGUACGCAGUCAAACGCCAACACACAUGACUCCAAUCACUGGAACUCGAAUCAACAGCAGGAUGGAGCACACUACAACAAUGGUCGCCAGUUCCAGCGUCGACGUGGUCGCGGUAACUACGGCAACUCGCAGCCGAACGGUGGUGGACGCGGUGGGAUGUACUUCCGCAACAACGAUAACUCGUCGGGUGGCUCGUACUACCAGAACGGUGGCGGCGGUGGCGGCGGUGGCGGCAAUGUGUACACGAAAGAUUCCGGCUCGCGCUACGAUUCAGGCAGCUACCGCGGACCGCGCACAGGCAGUGGCGGUGGCGGUAACGGACGCGGCAAUGCGCCACCUCCACGCACGCUUGGUGGGCGCAAUAGCGGUGGCGGCCAGACAAACACAUCAUCCAGCUCAUACAUGAACCGCUCAUCGCAGCGCAUGCCGAUGGGCUUGGAUAAUAAAAACUGAAGCGCAGAGAAUGAGAAAAUGGAACACGUAAAUACAGGUUAGAAGCAAACUGAAAAUAAUGUGUGAUGAAAAAGCAGGAUUGAAGCGUUUGAAGCAGAAGGCAGAUUGAUAUGAACCUCUUAAGAAUCGUAAAUAUAUACAUACAUAUAUGAAAAAAGAAAACCGCAAACACAAACAUAUACACAUACACUUACAUAUAGAAACUGAAAAAAAGAAAAACAAAAGAAUACAUUAACCUUUAAUUAGUAGUGUGGCGAAAGUCAAAGCUGCAGUACCAUAGUAGUAGUAACAGCAGCAGCGGCAACCACAAAAAAAGCAAGCGAAACUGCAACAAUGAAAUGUAAACAUACGCGUGCGCGUUAAUAUUUAAUUUCAUAAAGAAAACUUUAAAGUAAAAAAAAAAAAAUGGGGGAACAAAUGAAAGCAAAAGGCGGAAGAGAAAAAGAAAAAAAGAAUAUUACAUUUAAAGAAAUGCAAAGAAACUUUAUGCUAAUUUCAAUUACAGAAAUACUUAUUUAUGUUCAUUUUUUCUAAUUAAUAUUAUAAAUGUAUGUAACUGCUCUUUCAUCAUGUAAGCCAGAAAGAAAAAAGAAAUCUAAAAAUGAAGCGCAACCGAAACAACUGAACGACACAAAAACAACAGUAUAAAAAGCAUAUGAAACACGAUAACACCAUAAAUGCAUGGUUGGCAGCAACUAUAAAAA